AGAACGUCCUUACGACUCUCAUGGAAGUAUUGUUCUCUCUCGUCGGGUGGCAAGUACGGUGAGGACUGUGACGGGAAGGGAGAGUCUGGAACUACGAGAGCCCAUAGUGCACCAGGUGUCUGCCACUUUCUAGAGAAAAGAAUAGAGGAUUGUGAGCGUACGUCAUUUGCUACAUUACCAAGAGGUAAUCGAUUUGAUCCAACGCACGCCCUCUCUGCUGGAAUAUGCUCUGAGGGCAUCUAUGGAUUGUCGUCUUCGUUGCCUCCUCACUCUCAUCCUCGUACGACAUCCGUGCUGCAUUUCUACAUCCUGACUUCUUCAAUCAUUCUCUAGUGAACUAAGGAGAAUUCCGAGUGAGAUUAGUGCGCGAACAUGAUACGAUGAAUUGAAAAUUGUCAAAAACUGCGUUACCGCCCAGGAAAAUCUAUGGGCCGCCGAAGGUGGUGGCGAGGAACGGAGCUUCUGCUGCUCUGUGUCCUCUUAAAUGGUAUUAAGGCUGAUGGGGAAGUCGGCUGCCUAUUCAGCGAGAAUCUCUGUGACCCUGCAACGGAAACAUGUUACAAUGACUUGGCAUUCGGAAGAUGUAUAUCACUUUACACGAAUCUUCAGAGGGAGGAUUUGGAACAGUACAACCUGGAUCCUGAAGAAUUAGAGUUGUUACGAUUACAACUAGAAAGAUUAGAGUAUAAUGGGUACACUUGGCAGCAUCCUUAUACACAGUGCAUAGUGCAGAGUUCUUUGAACACAUUGCGAUACGGGAUUGAAAGUGAUUACGAGCUUUGUCGAGGAUUAAAGAAACACAAUGAAAAUCAUAUCGUAAGUGAGGAUAACCAAAUUGACAGAGAUGCUACGUCUCAGCCAAUCGCUGUAGUAAAGUUUACACCUAGCGAGGAUGAUCCUCAUGGAGACUUUGCUGAUGAACUUUACUAUCCUCCUAUCAUUGGAAAUGAUCCUGUACCUUACAAAGAAUACCCCUAUUCCCCACAUAAGGACAAUAGAAAAGAGACGAAUACUUACCAAGAGAUAAAUAAUCUAGAGGAUUCUUAUUACGAUGGAAAUAGAAAGCUUAAGAAGAAAUCCUUGGAUCCUUAUGAACAGGAGUAUCGUCAUCUGCAUGGUGGUCAUCCAUCUAUCCUGCAAGAUGAAUCAGUCAGACGAAUAUUAGCCAAUGAAAGAAUUAUUGAUCAAUUAACAAGGGUCAAUGAAAAUACCAGGACUGACUGGGACUUCUCAAGAGAUAACACUGAAAGGAUGAGAGAUGAUAUUGAGGAUCAAUCGAAUGAGGAUUAUGAAAAGACCUUUACAAGAAAGUACAAGUAUCCCAAAACCUAUUCUCAAGUUGAGUUUCUUAAUAAGAAUCCAAUAUGGUUGAAUACGGAUUUCGUGGACGAGGACAAUAGGCAGGAAAUCAAUGAGAAACAGCAACAGGAGCUUAUGGACGAACAGGUGAUAGACACAUUGUCAAGACAGAAUGGAAUGUAUACUGAAGGAGGAUUGGUACAGCCACUUAGACAUAGUGUAAGACCAGAAAAUGCAGCAGAUCUUGUUUUUGACGAUGAUUUGAAUGCUUUACUUUUGAGACAAGAAUUAGCUGGUUUUAAGAGACGAGAACGACUGGAUGUUAAAAAACCUGGACCACCAUUUGCUACGAAUAACUAUGCAUUUAAAACGCAGUCUCCGCCAAUAACGUUAGAGGAGGAAAACUCUAACGGGCAAAACGAUAUUUUGUAUCCACCCCUUACCAAAAAGGAAGUCAAAGAUAAUGCAGGCAUAUCAAAACCGUCUGAGAAUUCAUACAAAAAUGUUGAUUUGGACCACGUUUAUAUAGAAUUUGAAAAUACAUUUCUCACGUGGGCCGAAGGCGAACAUGUCGUAAAAGAAGUCGGAAAAUUGUUAGGUUUGAACACAGGUGCCCUAACUGAUAUACGCGUCGGUCGAGCAGAAGUGACAUUUAAAGUGACGGAAAAUCAGAAAAACUAUAAUGCCUCUGACGUUGUAAACAGAAUUGAUGAGAUACGUGGUCCACUGAAAGAAGCUCUUCAAGUCGAAGUGGUUCGAGCAGGCAUUGGUGAUAAAGUAAAAUUACCUGCCACUUUGGAAGUAAAAAGUGUACAGUCAAUGAGUUCUGGUACAUUCCACGCAAUAAUCGCGGGGGGAGCCGCAGCAGCUGGUGCUGCAGCAGUAGUAACCAUCCUGAUAGCACGUAGACAUGCCAAGUACCGUGCAAAAGUCAUGGCACUAGCCACAUCGGAUCCAGAAGCAUCAAAGGAUUACCAAGAUCUAUGCCGUGCCAGGAUGCAAGCAAAGCAGCCAACAGAGAAGCCAGAUUCACCGCGUAUAAUAAGUCUCUCCAGAGAGAGUGAAUCAAAUAAUUCUCCUUCGAGUCGUUCGAGCACCUCAUCUUGGAGUGAAGAACCAGCACUCUCCAACAUGGAUAUAUCCACCGGGCACAUGGUUCUGUCAUACAUGGAAGAUCAUCUGAAGAACAAGGAUCGUCUAGAUCAAGAAUGGAUAGCACUGUGCACCUACGAAGCAGAGCCAUCAUCUACAGCCAUCGCCGAGGACACAUCGAACCAAGGACGAAAUCGAUCUGGAGCUGCUCUUCCUUAUGAUCAUUCUCGCGUAGUCCUGAAUGACCUUGCUAAUGCCAACGGAACUGACUACAUUAAUGCGUCCACGAUUAAAUCGACUGAUCACGAUCCGAGGAAUCCUGCCUAUAUCGCUACUCAAGGCCCAUUGCCACAAACUGCUGCAGACUUCUGGCAACUUGUCUGGGAACAAGGAAGUGUUGUUAUAGUCAUGCUAACUAGGUUGACCGAGGAAGGUCGGGCCAUGUGUCAUCGGUAUUGGCCAGAAGAAGGUUCUGAAUGUUAUCACAUCUACGAGGUGCAUCUGGUAUCGGAACAUAUCUGGUGCGAUGAUUAUCUUGUGAGAUCGUUCUACCUGAAGAAUUUACGUACUGGGGAGACCCGCACAGUUACUCAGUUCCACUUCUUAUCCUGGCCAGAAAAUGGUGUACCGCAUUCCACAAAGGCUUUACUUGAGUUCCGAAGAAAAGUUAACAAGUCCUACAGAGGUCGAUCCUGUCCAAUAGUGGUUCAUUGCAGCGAUGGAGCUGGACGUACCGGUACUUAUUGCUUGAUUGACAUGGUGCUGAACCGGAUGGCCAAAGGAGCUAAGGAAAUCGACAUAGCAGCGACCCUAGAACAUAUAAGAGAUCAGAGACCUGGAAUGGUAGCAACCAAACAACAAUUUGAAUUCGUCCUCAUGGCAGUAGCCGAAGAAGUCCACGCUAUCCUAAAAGCUUUACCAAUUCCUCCUGCUGAAAAAUCACCGGCACCUACGUCAACCAGUACAUCCGCUCCUCCGGCAAAGAACGAGCAGUAAAUUACGGUAUGGAUAAUAAACAUUGAAUAAUGGAUAAACUCUGGCAACCUUACAGGAAAGUGCAGAAUCUGCUCCUUGACUUUGGGUCGAACCAAGACAUUUUUGUUAUUAAUAUGUUUCAAUAUUUUUCCUAUUCUUUGAAGAUUACGGGACAUUUGUUAUCUUAGAUAAUCGACACAAAAUGUGUAACUGAAGAAGGUAUAAUUGAUUGGUGCUUAGACGAGUUCAAAUGAGAGACGUGAAUUGUUAUAGUACGUAGCAAAAAGAUUUCUACACAAGUUAAAACUAACAAAUUUUAUGUGAACAAUUGGAAAUUCCACUUUUUACUUGACCUUCAGCCAAGGACGUGAAAACAAUUUAUAACUAAAUACGCAACAGCCAAAAA